CAUCUUGUGACAAUUCUUGUGACGCGCCAAAUUGCCGACAAUUUGAAGGAGGUCUUCCUUCCCUUAGGUCAAACUCGUAUUCGUCAAGUUUAUCUCUCCCUUCGUGCUGACGGUUUUCCAACGUUGAAGAAGGGAGAGUUAUCCACUUCUGGCACGGAAGUUUCCGAAGACAACUCAUCCUCCAAAAAGCCCACUAUGGUCAAGAUUACUCGGGCUGAGCAGGAGGAGAUAAUGCCUAAGUACGAUGAUGCCACAAACGACUAUUUGGAGAUGUUCAUUCAGUUUGGCUUCGUCAGCAUGUUCACCUGUGUUUUUCCCAUCUGUGGACUUUUGGCCUUUCUCAAUAAUAUCCUCGAAAUACGCAGCGAUGCAUUUAAGCUUCUCACCAACUUUCAGAGACCUUUCUCCGAAACUGCUCAUGGAAUUGGUGUCUGGGAGAGAGCUUUUGAAAUAAUGAGUUACGUGGCGAUCGCAGUAAACAUCGGUCUUAUUGGAGUGUCCGGCAGUAUUCAAGCGCUCUUUCCUGGACUUACAGUUCACCAGUACAUCCUCUUUCUCAUUGCACUCGAGCACAUCUCAUUCGCCCUCCGUUUCGGUCUCUCCUACAUUGUUCCACCGAUUCCUUUCGCCCUUGAGCGUUCCAUCGCCAUUUUAGAGCACAAGCGCCGCGAGGCGUUACGGACUCUGGAACGCGAAUGUCGCAAGGAGGCAAGGCGAGUGAGUGAUGAAAACGGCUCACCGGAUUACCCCAGCGACCAAACAUCAGACAUUGACACGCCCUGA